AUGUUUGGGCGUCCACGGAGUCAGGGAUGUAUUCUCUGUAGAAAGCGCAAAGUGAAGUGUGACGAGGGGAAACCUGCCUGCGGGAACUGUGCCGUGUAUGGUAGGAAAUGCCCGGGGUAUCAGACGAGCAUUCCUCUGGUAUUUCGAAAUGAGAAUAAAAAGAUUGAGAGAUUGGUCAAGAAGGACCAAAAGGGAUCACGAAAGAGCCGAUCGCAGCGCGAAGAUGUGACAGAAGUCGUUGUUCGAUCUACUGCUAUUCCGACACCCGAGCCUGAUCUCACGAUCCCUCGGUUUCUGCUGGACUCGUCGUGGGAAUAUCAUGGGCACUGUUAUUUUCUCGAUCAGUUUACUCUACCCAUCGAACCAGACGGGAGCCCUGAACCCCUUGAUUCCAUUCCCAUGCUGUACACAUUAUGCCAAAGAAACCAAGCCGGAGCACCCAUGGAGAGCUUGCGUGCAGCAAUGGACGCUGCGGCAUUUGCAUCCAUGGCGAACCAUGCCAAUGUAUCAUCUUUGGCGGUCCAGGCCCGAAAGAAGUAUGGCCAGGCCCUCAAACAUCUGAACAUCGCGCUAUCAUCAGUACAAGAGCUCGAGCGACAGAGCCUCAUGAGCACCCAUGUUGCCGGUAUCCAGUACCUCUUAAAGCUGCGAGGGGUCCAGCAGCUUGGUGAUCCUGCGACUCGAUCUUUGUUUCACUUUGCAUUUACACAGAUGUUGAUUCAAUUCGUGGGCCUGAAAGAUCCCGUGCAAAUCGACCUCGAUUGGUUAUUGGAAGUUCUCAGUAUCCCACACCCGAUCUAUCAAAUGAUGGCCGGGAAUAUCAAGAUCACCAAAUUCUGUGCUGCUGUAGCAAGUUUGCUUUCGAGUGCGGAAGCCCAGGCACUUGAUACAUCAACCCUUACGUCGCUGCUCGAAAGAGGCGAGCACAUUGACCUGGAAUUUAGCAUGUGGCACAGCGGUCUGCCGGAGGUGUGGAUGCCACGCAAGUUUCAAACGUCUGGUGGGGACAAGUUCAUCUUAUACCCAGAUCUCACGUCGGCGGGUGUUUGGAAUUACUACCGCGGGACACGAAUAAUUCUUCAGCAGACGUUGUUAGAUAUCUACAGGUGCCUUGAUCAUCUUUCGGUACUGUGGGCCUCAAAUGGGGCUUUCACACUGCAUCCUCCGGAGGAGAUCAUCAUUGAUAUGGUCACUGAGAUAUGCGAUACUAUUCCCUUUGCCUUGGGCAAGGUUGAUACAACCGGUCGCCCAAUAUUUCGGUCGGAAACAAAGGCAGUGCAAGGCUUUGCACUGCUUUGGCCGGUGUUCAGCGUGACACAGUGUGGCUAUGCUACUGAGGCUCAAGACGCCCAGGCUCGGUCAGCACUCCAAGUUAUUGGGUCCACGCAUGGCAUACGACUAGGGAUGGAUUUGAGCCGCGAAAUGUUCCCGGUAAAUCGCGCUGUAUCAGCACACUCGCAGAUUUUCGGAGAUCGUAUCGGGUUCAUGAACAAGGCGAAGUAG